GCUGGCAGCGCCCGUCGCCCGCCACCCCCUGGCGCGCCGACGCCCCCGGGGGGCUCUGCCCUCGCUGGCUGGCCGACGGAGACCUCGGGCCCUGGGCCAGCUGGACCGGUGCUGCCAGGCACCUCGCGGCCGCGUCGCGGCCGCCCCGCGAUCACUACGCGACGCUGGGAGUGCAGAGGACCGCCACGGAGGCGGAGAUCAAGCGGGCCUACCUGGCGGCGGCCAAGAAAUGCCACCCCGACCUCAACAAGAACAACCCGGACGCCACCAGGCAGUUUCAGGAGCUGGCCGAGGCGUACCAGGUGCUUGGGGAUGCUGGCAGCAGGGCGCGCUACGACGCCAUGGACCCCAACGAGCAGAAUUCCGGCUUUGGGGCCGGCAGCGGGGCGCGCCGACGAGGAGCCUCAGGCUCAGACGGCGCUGGCGGGUUCGGCAACUCACAGCCGCCGCCCCCGCGCCAAGAGCCGGUAGACGCCUUCAAGUUGUUCCGCGGCGUGCUGGAGGAGCUCGGGGCGGAGCAGCUGAUGGAGCGCCUCGAGGCCACCCGGCGGGAGGCCGGCGCAGCGGCGCGGAGCGCGCAGGCCGGGGACCUGCAGCCCGCGAGGGAUUUCGUGUGGCGGCACAAGGGGCUGGCCGCCGUCGUGGUGCUGCCGGCGCUGGUGCUGCUCCGCUUCCCAUGGCUCGUGGGCAUGGCGCUCCGCGGCGUCACCGUGGUAGCCGCGCUUAUGUUGCAGAACCCGCAGCUGCGGAACUUCAUCGGGCAGUUUGCAUGGGCCCAAUGGCGCAUCGUCGGUCUGCAUAACACGUGCAGAGGCCCGCGCGCGCCGAACGAAGCGCUAGGCCGUUGGAAAAGAGCGCGGAGAGAAUGGUCAGGGCCCUCUCUCGCGAGGGUUUGA